UGACAGUCCUACUCAAGAUGCAAGGUACGAAGAAGAGCGGAAUUAGACUUUCUUUGGCGGCGCAGGGAAGCUGAACUCUGUUGGAGCUCGCGCAGUAAGGAGACGGAUCGAAAUGGCGGCCCCAGCAGAGAGGAUGGAGGUUUCUCAGGGAGAGAGCUCAGCAAAGCCUGCUGCUGAAGACAUGACAUCAAAGGAUUAUUACUUUGACUCAUAUGCUCACUUUGGCAUCCAUGAGGAGAUGCUGAAAGAUGAGGUCCGGACUCUGACCUACCGCAACUCAAUGUUCCACAACAAGCACCUCUUUAAAGACAAGGUGGUGCUGGAUGUGGGCAGUGGGACAGGCAUCCUCUGUAUGUUUGCUGCUAAGGCUGGAGCCAAGAAAGUCAUUGGGAUUGAGUGCAGCAGCAUCUCGGACUACGCUGUGAAAAUAGUGAAGGCCAACAAGCUGGAUGAUGUGGUGACCAUCAUUAAAGGAAAGGUGGAGGAGGUAGACCUUCCUGUGGACGGAGUCGAUAUUAUCAUAUCCGAGUGGAUGGGCUACUGCCUCUUCUACGAGUCCAUGCUCAAUACAGUCAUCUAUGCCAGGGACAAAUGGCUGAAGCCAGAUGGACUCAUUUUCCCAGACAGGGCAACUCUUUAUGUGACUGCCAUUGAAGACAGGCAGUACAAGGACUACAAAAUCCACUGGUGGGAGAAUGUGUAUGGAUUUGACAUGUCUUGCAUCAAGGAGGUGGCAAUUAAGGAACCUCUGGUUGAUGUAGUGGACCCCAAGCAGCUGGUCACAAGCGCCUGCCUCAUCAAGGAGGUGGACAUCUACACUGUGAAGCCAGAUGAUUUGACGUUUACGUCACCCUUCUGCCUGCAAGUGAAGAAGAAUGACUACAUCCAUGCGCUCGUUACCUACUUCAACAUCGAGUUCACCCGCUGUCACAAGAGGACCGGCUUUUCCACCAGCCCAGAAUCCCCCUACACUCACUGGAAGCAGACCGUCUUCUACUUGGACGAUUACCUGACUGUCAAGACUGGGGAAGAGAUCUUGGGCACCAUCAGCAUGAAGCCAAACGUCAAAAACAAUAGAGACCUGGACUUCACUGUCGACAUCGACUUCAAGGGUCAACUGUGUGAGGUGUCCAAGACGUCGGAGUACAGGAUGCGUUAGAGGCCGCUCCAGCUCCCUAUGUAUAGUUUGUCUUUAAAGGCCGACUUGGAGUGUUGAAACCGUUAAUGCUCCCCUGCAGCAACAUUUUAAUGUUUUUUUUGUCAAUUUCUUGCUGAUACUACUCAUAUUUAAGGUUUUUCCAAAUUUUGGGGGGGAGUGAGACGGCAAUAGGACUCAUUGUGCAGUAGUCAACGUGUUUGUGACCAUCUUCAUGGGUUCACUUUGUCUUCUUGUUCUUUGCACAUGCAAGACCCUUAGACACAAACAGCUCCCCAUGACAUUUCUGCGUAGAGUCACAUUGUAUACUGCCCUCUUUCUUUGGACUGUUAAAGCUGUAGCCGUGUGGGUUGUUGGGUUUUCUUUGUAGAAAGCUGUUGCAGCCCAAGUUGUGUUCAGACUUUAAACUAACUAGUAUUAAACCCAAACUCGUAAGCCGCACUCCGAGUUAAGAUGGUCUGUCUUCUGGACAAGCUGACGUUUGAGAUUUCAAAAAAUCUUAAGUAUGUUGGCCGAUGCCAUAAGAGCUACCCUGUACUCUGUCCCAUAAUGGUGACAGUAGGCCAUGUGACGUAGGUUCUGUCCUCGUGUGGUGUCAAGCGACCAUCACCAUCGCGUCUGUCCUCCCUGAUUGUUGCUUUUACCCGGUCAAACUAUUUUGAACCAAAUGUCAACAUCCAAAGUGAAUCUUUUAAGUGUUUUCGUAAUGCAAGUGUUCACUCCUGGGCCUGAGAGAAGAAAGACUGCCUGGUUCGAGCUGUAUUACACAGCUCCAUAUGUGCCCUUGGAGCUUGUGUUCUCAUACACGUUGGUCACUUCGGGUCUUGAAGCUCUUUGAGUUGAUCUGAAUUGAAAUUCAACUGUUGGCACUCGGCAGACAUGACUCACCACACUGAUUUUCUGUUUUGUGUUUUUUUUUUUCCUCUGCUGCUUUUUUAUAGAAAAAUUAAAACUGUAAAUUAAACUUUUUUUUGCAUCAGC